AUGUCGUUCACUUUGGCAGUCACUGCGUUGGGGCUGUCCGCCGUCGCUGGUGCGCUUCCUCAUGCGCGAACACAAAAAACUAUUGAAUGGAACUCUUGUCCGGAGCUCAACGAGAACAUUACUUUGCAGGUCGGCAAUAUCCCUAUUCUGCCAUUCGAAUGCGGCUCCUUGACUGUUCCGCUGGACUAUACCGAACCCGACUCAGACCCUCUGGACCUUGCUGUCUUCAGGGUCAAAGCCACCAAGGAGCCUGUUCUGGGCUCAGUCAUGUUCAACCCAGGUGGGCCAGGCGGCACCGGUGGGCUCGACUUCAACUCCGCCGCGACUGACCUUCGAGCCAACGUUGGAGAGCAGUGGGAUCUUGUGUCUUGGGAUCCACGAGGCACGGGCAAUACAAUCCCAUUCAAUUGCCCCCUCGAAGGCCUUGAUGGGUCUGCCCCUGCUGCGAAACGUGACGUUGGCACCCUCGCAAGUGGCAAUCUCACCGAAGGUUUCCUCAACGGUGGCUGGGAAUACGCUGGUGCGAUUGCAGACAGCUGCUUUUCCACCGCGAACGAAACUGGCGAACUCAUCGGCACAGUCUUUGCGGUCCGCGACAUGAUGAACAUUGUGGAUGCUCUUUGCGAGGAUGGCCUCCUCCGUUACUAUGGCUGGUCUUAUGGUACCGCGCUAGGCUCCUAUGCCGCUGCACUGUUCCCAGACCGUGUUGAACGGAUGGUCCUUGAUGGCAAUAUCGACCCGGUCGCCUACCAGUCCGGUACCUGGGGCGAUUGGGUCGACGACAUAGACGAAGUCUUCUGGACCUUUUUAGAAUCUUGCUUCGACAACAAGGAAGAGUGUGCUCUCGCGCAGUUUGUCAACGCGAACAGUACGCAAGAUAUGCUUGACGUCAUUAACCUGGCACUGGAACCUUUGGCAGAGAACGCUACUACGAGCAUCGAAGCUUACGUCAACCUCAUCACCGUCAAGAGUCCUUUGAUCAGACCCCUUUACUUUCCUGCUCAGUGGCCUGCAUUUGCUGAGGCCAUUGUCGCUCUACUGAACCCCACCGAGGCACCAGAGGAACCCGCGGCCGACGCUACCCCAGCAGUCGAGCCUUACGAUCAGGCUGUCAACGCGCUACUUGGCAUUCGUGGCUCCGAUGCCAUCUUCCGCCCCGAAACUGCUGAGGAGUAUCUCCCAACGGUUGAAUACCAAGCCAAUGUCAGCAAAAGCUUCUCCGAUGUCCAGUACAUCAGCAUUUGGGCCUCUGCCCGUUGGAAGAUGGAUGCUAAGGAGCGUUAUUUCGGUGAUUUCAACAAGACCACCAAGACUCCGAUCCUGUACGUUAACGGCAACUAUGAUCCCGUGACGCCAAUCUCGGAUGCACGCAGCGCCAGCGCCGGCUUCAAGGGCAGCGUUGUGUUGGAGCACAAUGGCCUUGGCCAUGGCAUAUUUGCAGACCCUUCGACGUGUGUUCAGAAGCAUGUGCAGCAGUACUUCUUGGAUGGUACUUUGCCUGACCCCGAUACUGUAUGCGAGCCUGACUUGGGCCCCUGGGAGUUGGCAGCGGCUCGGAACGGCAGCAUCUUGGGCGCACUUGAGCUUACGUCCUCCUAA